AUGUCUAGGCAAGGAGCAGCCUCCAACGCCUCUUCCUGGGUUGCUGCUCCUCGGCGAAGCUCGGUAGCGUCCCGGACGCCAGAGCGGAGGCCGGCGGAGAAGCCGAAUCGAAUAGGUCGCGGGGGCCGUACGGGAGGAAGAAGUAGCGACUGGAGGGACCCUGCCGACUCCACGGAAUAUGUGAUCGCUGGCCCCAGGGAACCGCCACUCUGCUUUGGAUUGAAGAACGACUUGGUCGGCGUAGUGAUCGGUCGUGGUGGAUCAAAAAUAAGAGACAUCCAAAGUACAACAAACACCAAAAUACAGAUAAUAAAAGGGUAUCCUGAAGCAGAAGUCCAAAUUUUUGGCAGCAAGGCAAUGCAGACAAAAGCAAAAGCAGUGAUAGAUAAUCUUGCUAAAAAACAAGAGGAAAACUACCAUUCAGAAUCUAGAUUUGAUAUUGUUGCAUUCCAACCAUCUGCUGAAAGAGAUAUAAGCCAAGAUGACAACCUCACAGAAGAUCAGCCAUUGAUAGAUUGGGACCAAAUUCGAGAAGAUGCGUUGAAAUGGGAAAAAGAAAAGUGGGCAAAUUUACCUCCAAUUAAGAAAAACUUUUACAUAGAGUCAGCAACAACAAGCUCAAUGUCACAAGUGCAGAUAGACAACUGGAGGAAGGAAAACUAUAAUAUAAUGUGUGAUGACUUGAAAGAUGGUGAAAAACGUCCUAUCCCCAAUCCUACUUGUAAAUUUGAGGAUGCCUUUCAAUGUUAUCCUGAAGUUAUGGAAAACAUAAUAAAGGCAGGUUUUCAAAAGCCAACACCAAUUCAGUCACAGGCAUGGCCAAUAGUUCUUCAAGGAAUAGAUCUUAUAGGAGUAGCCCAAACUGGAACAGGGAAGACACUGUCCUAUUUAAUGCCUGGAUUUAUUCAUCUUGAUUCUCAACCAAUAACUAAAGAAAAAAGAAAUGGACCUGGCAUGUUAGUCCUUACACCCACUAGAGAAUUAGCUCUUCAAGUGGAAGCCGAAUGUUCUAAGUAUUUAUAUAAAGGCCUUAAAAGUGUUUGUAUAUAUGGUGGUGGAGAUAGAGCUGGACAAAUACAAGACCUUACGAAAGGUGUAGAUAUCAUCAUUGCAACUCCUGGAAGAUUGAAUGAUCUACAAAUGAAUAGCUUCGUCAACCUGAAAAGCAUAACAUACUUGGUUUUAGAUGAAGCAGACAAGAUGUUGGACAUGGGAUUUGAACCACAGAUAAUGAAGAUUUUAUUAGAUGUACGCCCAGACAGGCAGACUAUUAUGACAAGUGCAACUUGGCCACAUGCCGUCCGUCGACUUGCACAAUCUUAUUUGAAAGAGCCUAUGAUUGUAUACGUUGGUACUUUGGAUCUAGUUGCUGUAAAUACUGUGAAGCAAAAUAUAAUUGUUACCACAGAAGAAGAGAAACGGUCUCAUAUCCAAAGUUUCCUAGAAAGCAUGUCUCCAGAAGACAAAGUUAUUGUGUUUGUCAGCAGAAAAGCUGUUGCCGAUCACUUAUCAAGUGACCUGAUUCUCCGGCACAUAUCAGUAGAGUCUCUGCAUGGGAACAGAGAACAGAGUGAUCGGGAGAAAGCAUUAGAGAAUUUUAAAACAGGUAAAGUGAGAAUAUUGAUUGCUACUGACUUAGCAUCCCGAGGUCUUGAUGUCCAUGAUGUCACACACGUCUAUAAUUAUGAUUUCCCCCGGAACAUUGAAGAAUAUGUCCACAGAGUAGGACGUACUGGAAGAGCAGGGAGAACUGGAGUGUCAAUUACCCUUAUUACUAAAAACGACUGGAGGGUUGCCACUGAAUUAAUUAAUAUUCUGGAAAGAGCAAAUCAGAGUGUCCCAGAGGAUCUUGUGUCAAUGGCUGAGAGAUAUAAGGCAAAUAAACAGAAAAAAGAGAUGGAAAAAAAAUUGGGAAGACCUCAAGGAAAACCCAAGAAGUUUUAUUAUUAAUGUAUAUAUUGAAAAGUGGUUUCAGGCCACUGGAGGAUUCAAGAUUUUUUAAAGAUAAAUACUAUUUGAGAUAUAUAUGGAAGUACUGGAAACAUGCUGGCAGUAUGAAGAGACUUGACUGAUUCUUAAAAUAAUAGUGUUUAAAAUGUAGAAUUCAAUAUUUUAUACUUUAAUAAAAUCAAAAGCAUUUAAACUUGAGUUGAAAAUUUUUUUUCAUGACUAUUAAGGAAUGUAGUAUUAGAAGGUUUUCUUUUUACCAAACUAUUUUCAAAAGAAAAAAAAAUUGUCUCCUGUAAUGUUGCUGUAUUAAGGUCAAU